AUGGGUAAGAGAAUUAGCUUGAAGAGGAUGUCCGGUUUUGUGGAGGGGAGUUUUCCGAUGACUUAUCUUGGGGAGCCCAUUGUUGUGGGCCAGCUAACGGCUAGGUGUAAGGCUCGAAUGGAGGGUCAGCGUGAAUCUGUGGAAGGUGCUUGGUUGGCGGUGAUGUUCUGGCUCAGGAACAUUUUAGACAAAAUGAAUAAGGAGGGUGUAGCUUCACGUUUGGACCUCGCUUUAUUAGAGGCUUUGGGUGUGUGCAUUCUAGCUGCUCUUGCAAGCAAACCACGUCUCAUUUACUGGAAGAAACCAAAGGAGGGUAGGGUGAAGUUGAACAUGGAUGGCAACUGUAGGGGAAAUCCGAGUAGUUGCGAAGGAGAGGGCAUCAUCCGAGAUGGGGCAGGUCGACUUAUUGUUGGUUUUUCCAAUUUUUUUGGUCAUGGGACGAACAAUGAAGCUGAGUUGAGGGCUUUGGCAGUAGGUGUACAAUUGUGCAAGAACUUGGGAUUUCUUCAUGUUGAGAUUGAAUGUGAUUAA